AUGUCCGGCAAUCCCCGCGAUCGUGGACGAGGACGAGGUAGAGGCAGUGGCGAGCAGUUUCUGCCCUUUCACCCUCGCGGUGGGGGAGCAAGUUCACGCGGAAGCCGAGGGGAUGGAGGACAAGACAACAAAGACGGUCCAAAUCCUGAGCCAGAAGUUGAGCGCAUUGAAAACAAGUCCGCAGUUGAAGCGAAAAGGAAAAAGCCCCGCGAAGUAAAUCCCCAGAGGCCAGGGUAUGGCGCUUUGGGGAAACAAGUCGUACUCUGGGCAAAUUAUUUUAAGCUCUACUCCAAGAAAGAGGUGGAACUUUACCGCUACAGCAUUACUAUUGAACCGGAGGGUAGAGGAAGAGCGCCAGUAGGCAAGAAAGCGAAGAGGAUUAUCCAGCUUCUCCUGGAAGACCAUCUUUUCCAGUCCUACGGAACUAAUAUUACUACUGACUUUAAGUCUAAUCUGAUCUCUAGGGUUGAGCUUGACCUGGACGAAGAAGACGAGAGCGAAGACAAUAGAGAGUAUACUGUCACCUACCGAUCCGAAGAGGAAGAUGUGCCCGCCCCAAACGCGAUCCAAUACCGCUGUCGCAUCCAAUUAACAGGAUCCCUGACGCUGUCUGAGCUCAUCAAUUACCUGACUUCGACACAGGCUGGAUUGAUGUUCGGCUCAAAGGAGGAGAUCAUUCAGGCCAUGAACAUCGUUCUGGGCUAUUACCCAAAAGCAGACCCUUCCACAAUUACGGUAGCGUCAAAUCGACAUUUCGGCACAAGAGGUACAGAUCGAAUGAGCCUCGGUGCCGGCUUGGAAGUAAUCCGGGGCCUUUUCAUGAGCGUUCGAACGGCAACAGCACGCGUGCUCGUCAAUGUACAAGUCAAAAACAUGGCCUUCUAUGAAACCGGACCUCUUGAAAGCCUAAUGAAGGCCUUCAUGGCCGGCAAUCGAGGGUCGAGUAAACGAAUUCCAAAGAUCAAGAAGAUCCAGGGCUUCGCAACCAAGGAUGAUGGCCGCAACUUGCCAAAACCGCCUAUUGUUCCGCAGUUUGGCGCUGGCGCAAAGGAUGUGCAGUUUUAUUUGGGCGAUGUUUCUGGUGAUUCUUCGAGCAAACCCGGUCCUGCAGCCGCUGGAGGUGGAAAGAAAGGCAAGAAAGGCAAAAAAGGCGUGAAGACAGUCGGUCCUGACCCGCCCCCAUCUCGGGCAUACGGUAUCACAAUCAAGGAACUAUCUCUACCCGUCAUCAAUGUCAACGGAAAAGACAAUCCUUCGUAUCUGCCAGCCGAAGUCUGCGUAGUUACGCCAGGCCAAUCUGCGCGCACACAGCUCACCAGCGCACAGAUGCAGCAAAUGAUUCGCUUCGCUGUGCGACGGCCUGUACCUAACGCUCAGUCAAUUGUCGCCUCCGGUGGGGGUUUACUUGGGUUUGAGCCAACGAAUGCAACACUGAAUGGAUUUGAUAUCACUAUACCGCCGAAACUGAUAACUGUCCCAGGUCGUGUAUUAAAUGCCCCAGUAGUCAAAUAUUCAACCCCUGGCUCGGUCGUGCCGCGGUUCGGAGGCUGGGACAUGCGGAGCGUAAAAUUCGCAACAAAAUCAGAGCUGCCCUCAUGGACAUACUUGCGCAUUUCUGUACAGGGUGACCGAAAAGUGUGGCAAUCCGAUGCAGAUUUCACUGCAAAAGUGGAUGAGCUCCAAGCCAAACUCAAAGAGCUUGGCAUUUCUGUCGCCAAGUACUUGACUGGAGUGCACCUGAGUGUAAAUGCGCAUCAGGUGGAAGAUGGGAUCGACGAGUGGAUACACAGAUUUGCUAUUAAUCCUAAACGCCCCAAACUUAUACUAGUGAUCGUCCCAGACUCUAUAAUGACUCUUGUGUACAAUCACAUCAAAUACGUGUGCGAUGUGAAGGAAGGAAUUCUGAAUGUCUGUGUGCUCGCUUCCAAAUUUUCGAGGGCGAAUCAUCAAUACCUAGCGAACGUGGGCUUGAAGUUUAACCUGAAAUUAGGCGGUCGAAACCAGAUACUCGAUCCGCCAAAGCUAGGUUUUAUAGGCCAGCAGAAGAAGACUAUGGUUGUUGGCAUUGAUGUUACUCACCCGUCGCCAGGCUCUUCAACCAAAGCCCCAAGUUUAGCUGCGAUCGUCGCAUCUGUUGACGAAUGGCUAUCCCAAUGGCCAGCUGAUAUCCGUGUCCAGCCUGCCAGACAAGAAAUGGUCGCUGAUCUAAAGACGAUGUUCAAGUCGCGUCUGGCACUGUGGAGAGAACGAAAUAAGGCCUUACCUGACAACAUUCUCGUGUACAGAGAUGGCGUGUCCGAAGGCCAAUACGACAUCGUUAUUAACGAAGAAUUACCAGCCCUACGCGCUGCCUGUGCUGAUUUCUAUCCAGCGUCCGCUACUAAAUCGGACAAACCUCAUAUCACUAUUAUCAUCGUCGGAAAGCGCCACAAUACACGCUUCUAUCCCACGAAAAAGGAAGACGCGGACCGUAACGGAAAUCCCAUGAACGGCACUGUAGUCGACCGUGGCGUAACAGAGGCUAGGAACUGGGAUUUCUUUCUUCAAGCGCAUACCGCAAUUCAGGGAACCGCGAGGCCAGCACAUUACUAUGUUAUCUAUGACCAGAUAUUCCGCGAUUUGAAGUCAACCCAAUUUCCCACUGCUGCCGACGCGCUCGAGGACCUGACGCAUAACAUGUGUUAUCUCUAUGGACGGGCGACAAAGGCUGCUUUUCGAUCCUUCGUCGAUGACUACGGAUACGAGUUCGAUGGGAACCGGAACAGCAGCAGCAGGGAUAUGGUCGAUCAAAAGUCCUCUCCUCGCAGCCUCAAGCUACGAGCACUCUUCACUGCUGUGCUGAAGGGCACAAAAACUAUCGACAACAAAAACGCCAGUUUGUUCCUGGAGGCAAUCCGGGAUCAAGAUAACGAGGCUCUGUGUGUCCAGAAAAUACAAGCAAGCGACCACGGACGCGCUGCCUUUCAAGCAGCUCUAAGCUCUAGCAUCGAGCUCCGCUUCCUCCACGAAUCCAUCACGCCGAUUCUACGUUACCUCGCUGCACCAGAACUAAAGACACUUUGUGGUGGAGCAGUUUUGCAGCAGCUGUUAACAUUAUUUACCGAGACCGAGCUUGUGUGGAACGCCUAUAUAGCUGCUUUCAAGGCUGGCCAGCUAGUAGGAGAUGGUGAUUGCAAUGGCGAAGAAGCGUUUUCCUGGCUCUUGCUAGAACUUCUAUCUCUACCAACAGAGAAAGCUGACACAUUUAUACACCUUGUACAAGACAGUGGUGUUAAGAAAAUUCUACUCGAGUCACACAAACAAGGCGUGCGCCUACGGGCACACAGGAUUUUGCAUAUCGUCGAAAAUUUGAUCGCAGGGCAUGAUCAUGAUCAUUUGAAUCAACAAUCCGGCAGCAGCGGCCCAGGAGGAAGACAUAAUAAUGACUUCGUCGAAAUCAAUAAAAUUUCUAUCCUGCCAACGACUGACGAGCUCGCGGCAAAAGAUCCUUACCUUCCACGUGCCCAAGAGACGAAAACACUGGCGAAACGACCAGAUGGGCUGGCAUUUUAUUUGAAUGGCCAAUUUCGCCUACUCCGUGAAGAUAUGAUGCGUGAUCUGAGAGAGGAAAUACAUGUGGCACUUGACAAGGAGAAACAAGGCGACGGUCACGUGCGAAAGGGGUUUUCAAUCGAGCAUCUCUCGAUGGUGGGAGUGAACUGCGAUGGGCGAAACCCAUGGUCUCUCCAAUUACAGUGCAUGAACGAUUUGCCCCAAAUGCCGAAGAAGAGCGAGGAAAUUCGACGGAGGUUCCUCCAAGAUAAUCCAAAAUACUUGAAGCACGAAUCAUUGGCCUGUGUCAUUGCAGAUGAUGAGGUUGUCACUCUGGGCACCCUUGUCCGUGAAGAGGAUCUUCUAGCAGCAAACCCACCUGUUCUUUGCUUAAAAAUCCCAGCUGCCAACGACGAAAGUGCAUUACGCGAUAUAAAGGAAGCAAAAGUUGUCAAAUUGGUGCAGUUGAGCACUACCUUGUUCUCGUAUGCCCCUAUUCUAGAACGGCUGAAAGAAGUGAAGGAGUUGCCCUUUGAGGAUGAACUACUUCGCUGGGACAAAACUCAUAGUCCCAAACCUCCCUCAUACAUUCUCUCCCCCAUCAUCACAGCUCUAGUGGAAGACCUACGUCGUAACUCUUCUCAAGAUCUUCAGACUACCCUUGGACUUCCCCUACCCACGAAAUUGGACAAGUCACAGGCCGAGAGUUUCAUCACCGGGUUGACCACAAGAUUAAGUACUAUCCAAGGACCUCCAGGGACAGGAAAAUCGUUCAUUGGUGCACUGCUUGCAAAGGCUAUUUUCCUAUAUUCUGACCAGAAAAUUCUUGUCUUAACCUAUAAACACCACGCCCUAGAUCAAUUCCUCAUAGAUCUUAUCAAGCUUGGUAUUCCAAAAGGAGAAAUAGUCCGUCUGGGCUCUCCUCGAAAAGCCGAUCCUUCCGUCCGCGACCUUGCAAUGAAGGACACUGCAUCGCUAAUAAGACUUACGGCACAGCAACAUGAAAUCGUCGACUGGAUCAAGAAAAAGGCGAAAGAUGAAGGAAAGACUUUGCAGCAAGCAUUUACGAGUCUAGAACAACAAGCUCCUUCGAAAGACGAUAUUCUCGCACACCUUGAGUUUCUAACCGACGGCCCACCGUUCUUUGAAGCCUUCCAAGUCCCGCCGCAGAAAGAUGGCGUCGUGCAUGUAGGAAAGAAAGGAAAAACAAAAUUCGAUGUCUUCUAUCUGCUGGAUCGGUGGCGCCGAGGAAAAGAUGCCACACCGUUUAAGAAGGUAGCCCAGCAAUACCCCGAGGUGUGGAGCAUCAAAGCAUCCGAGCGAAACAGUCUGCUGCGGCAAUGGGAAGCCGAUAUACUGAAAGAAAAGUUUGAAGUCUUUCACUCCGCAGCACAUGACUAUAACAAGGAACUAGAGCUGGUCGCAUCGAUAUACAUGGAGAGGGAACUCACGGUACUUCGUAAUAAGCGCAUCAUUGCCUGUACGACUACAGCGGCAGCGAAAUACGUGCAGAUGCUGGAAUCAGCUCACCCUGGAGUUUUGUUGGUGGAAGAGGCAGGUGAAAUACUCGAGAGCCACAUUUUGGCCGCUUUGGGCCCGGAUACGAAGCAGUUGAUAAUGAUCGGAGAUCACAAGCAACUGCGGCCAAAAGUUAACUUCGCGCUCAGUGUCGAGAAAGGGGAUGGUUACAAUCUCAAUCAAUCUCUCUUUGAAAGGCUCGUAGUAGACCAAGGAUAUCCUUAUACUACUUUGCUCCAGCAACAUCGCAUGCGGCCCGAAUUGGCCGGCUUUGUACGGGAAUUGGCAUAUCCAGAUCUAGUGGAUGCCAGUAGUACCAAGAAUCGACCAAACGUUAAGGGAUUACAGGACAAUAUCAUCUUCCUCAAUCAUUCACACAGUGAAGAGCAGAUGAAGCACGUGCGUGAUUGGAAAGAUGGUACAUCGCCUGCCACGAAGAGAAAUCUCUAUGAGACGCAUAUGGCAAUCAAGUGCCUGCGCUACCUCGGUCAGCAAGAUAUUGACACGCCGACAGAAAAGAUUGUCAUUCUGACGCCUUAUCUCGGUCAACUCCACCUUCUGAGAGAAGAACUCACUAAAGCAAAUAAUGACCCAGUUUUGAACGACCUCGACUCGCAUGAAAUGGCCCGCGCGGGCUUGAUGCCUCCUGCAACGGCACAGGCUAACAAACCGAAGAUUAGGAUUUCAACGAUCGAUAAUUUCCAGGGCGACGAGAGUGAGAUCGUGAUUGUGACACUAACGCGAAGCAACGACAAGGGCGACAUUGGCUUCAUGUCUUCCCCAGAACGUCUUAACGUACUUCUCUCCCGUGCUAGAAAUGGUUUAAUACUCAUUGGAAAUGCGGAAACUUUUAUGAGCUCUAAAAAGGGUGGCCAGUUAUGGAAACGUUUCAUAGAUAUGCUCAAGGCUAACAAUCAUAUCUACCACGGGCUUCCGGUUAAAUGUGAACGACAUCCGGCACGACAGGCUGUUCUUCAUUCUCCUGAAGAUUUCGAAAAGGAAUGCCCAGAUGGUGGAUGCAAAGAGCUCUGUGGCGCAUUAUUGGGUUGUGGCAUACACAAAUGCCCAAGAAACUGCCAUUAUCUCUCUGAUCACUCCAAAAUGAAGUGUGAUAAGAUUGUGGAAACGAAAUGUGCGAAUGGGCAUGUACAAAAGCGAAAAUGCUUCGAAGCGUCCCCGUUGAAAUGUAAAAGAUGCGAGAUCGAGAGCCAGCGGGAUAACGAGAUUUUGAAACGGGACAUGGAGUUACAGGACAAGCGGUUGCGAGAGCAGGUAGAGUACGACAUGAGAAUUGCAGAGCUCGACAUGCAAAUACGAAAGAUUAGAGAGGACGCGGAAGAUAAAAAGACGGCGCAGGAAAGAGGCCAGGCAUUAGAGCAGAAGAAACACGACCUAGAAGGGGCUAAACAUGAAGCAACACGGCCUUCUCCAACUACAAACGCAGGAGCCAAUGAUCAAAAACACUCCGACCCUCACCAGCCAGACACUAAUAAUCAGAAAGUGCCGGCUGCCUCAACACCACCCGUUCGCAUUGUGGGUGCCUCCGCAGAAGAGUGGGAGCGGCAGAAGAGAGUCGAGGGAGAGCAUAAUGCUGCCCUUGAUGACCUGAUGGCGCUGUCUGGCUUGGAGGAAGUCAAAGAGAAAUUCCUCAAUAUCAAAACUAGGAUCCAAACCGCUGCAAGACAAGGUAUCGAUGUGAAGAGGGAGAGAAUGGGAAUGGUGAUGCUUGGAAAUCCAGGUACAGGAAAAACAACAGUAGCUCGUAUAUAUGGGCGAUUCCUUGCUUCUAUAGGUGCUCUACCUGGAAAGGAGUUUGUUGAGAUCACGGGCUCUGGUCUGGCAAACGAAGCUGUUGCUGGUGCGAAGAAGAUCAUCGAAAACCUGGUCAAAGCCGGCGGUGGGGUCUUUUUCAUCGAUGAGGCCUAUCAGCUUGCAUCGGGGAGCAAUUUUGGUGGGAAAAAUGUACUCGAUUUUAUCUUGGCUGAAAUCGAAGAACGAAGAGGCAUCAUCGCAUUCAUUCUCGCCGGAUACGACAAGGAGAUGGAGAAAUUCUUUGAGCACAAUCCUGGAUUUGACAGUCGGAUGCCUCACAGGCUAAGAUUCGCUGAUUACUCGGACGAUGUCCUCCUGACUAUGUUGAAAGCGCUGGUAGAGAAGAUAUACAGUGGUCGAGCUACUCUCGAAGAUGACGGCUCCGACCUAUACGCCAGGAUUCUAACCAAACGUCUCGGAAGAAGAAGAGGAACGGAAGGAUAUGGAAAUGCACGUGAUCUGGAAAAUGUUUGGGGACAGGUUACUGAGCGCCAGGCUUCGCGGCUGAAAAAGGAGCGCACUGCAGGAGGUUUACCGGAUGACCUCAUGUUCACAAAAGAAGAUAUCAUCGGGCGCGAGCCAAGCGGAGUGAUAGAAGACAGCGCUGCAUGGAAGGAACUUCAUUCUAUGGUAGGGCUGGAAAAAGUCAAAAAAUCUGUGAAGGCUCUUGUCGAUGCUACGCAACGCAACUACCACAGAGAGUUGAAAGGUCUGGAUCCCCUUGAAUUCACUCUUCACCGCGUAUUUCUUGGCUCUCCUGGGACCGGGAAAACAACGGUUGCCAAGCUGUAUGGCUCAAUAUUGGCAGAUAUGGGUUUGCUAUCAAAGCGAGAGGUGGUCAUCAAAAACCCUGCAGAUUUUAUAGGAUCAGCGCUAGGACAGUCGGAGGAGAAUACAAAAAACAUCCUCAAAGCCGCCGCGGGAAAGGUGUUGGUGAUAGAUGAAGCGUAUGGCCUUGAUGCCGGUGGGGGUGUGGGCAGCGGUCAUAAAGACCCCUAUAAGACUGCCGUUAUUGACACCAUUGUAGCCCAGGUACAGAGUACGCCAGGUGAAGACUUAUGCGUUCUGUUACUCGGGUACCAGGAACAAAUGGAGGAAAUGAUGAAUCGCUCGAAUCCGGGUCUUUCGAGGCGAUUUCGUCUCUCUGACGCGUUCCAUUUCGAGGACUUCGACGAUGCGGACUUAAUGCGUAUUCUAGACUUCCAAUUGAAAAACCAAGGACUAAAAGCAACAGCAGAAGCUAAAAGGACUGCUAUUGAGGUUUUAGCUCGAGAACGAGAUCGUCCUAAUUUUGGCAAUGCAGGUGCUGUGGAAAAUAUCAUUUCGCGGGCCAAAGAACUUGAGCAGAAGCGGACUUCCACACUCAAUACAGACAACAUUAAUCCAGACGUGGUCUUCCUUCCUCAGGACUUCGACGAAGACUACGAUAGAGCGAGUGUAGCUCGACCGAACUGUCGAGAGUUGUUUGCCGAUAUCGUAGGGUGUGGGACAAUCAUUUCGCAGUUUGAAAAGUAUCAACGAAUCGCCCAAAAUAUGAAAACUAUGGGGAAAGAUCCUCGGACUCAAGUCCCUUUUAAUUUCCUUUUCAAGGGCCCUCCAGGAACCGGGAAAACAACAAUCGCACGUAAAAUGGGGCAGCUCUAUUAUGAUAUGGGGAUCCUGGGAUCGAGCGAGUACGUUGAAUGCUCCGCGUCCGACCUUAUAGGCCAAUACGUUGGUCAAACGGGACCAAAGACGCAAGCAAAAUUGACCGAAGCUCUGGGGCGGGUUCUGUUCGUGGAUGAGGCAUAUAGGUUCUGCGACGGCCAAUUUGGAAAAGAAGCUGUCAACGAGCUCGUCGACUGCCUGACAAAACAAAAGUAUAUCGGAAAGAUUGUCGUAAUCCUAGCCGGCUAUACUCAUCAAAUCGACGAACUCUUACAGAUCAACCCCGGUCUUUCCAGUCGAUUCCCUGAAGAAGUCGUCUUUGAGAACAUGAAACCAGAAAAGUGUGUUGAACUUUUGGAGGUCGAGCUGAAGAAGAACGACAUUGAAGUCGUUCCGCCGUUGAACAGGGACUCCCGACUUGUGGAACGACAGCAAAUGAUUAACAUCUUUGCAGAUAUUUCCACGCUUCCGUCGUGGGGUAACGGUCGGGAUGUUAAAAAUCUCGCGAAGGAUAUUUGCUCAGAUGUAUUUGCCGGCAAUAUGUCUAAGGAACUGAGAGUCACAUUCUCUGAGAUAUUACGGCAUCUAGACAAGAUGCUCAAAUCGCAAAUAGCCAGGAAUGAAAGCGGGGAAAACUCUGCAUGGCCUAAAAAUCUCGAUUCGUCCUUGCUUCCUCCGGUCCAAGAUUUCCCAAAUGCACCAACACCUGCAUCUUUUGUCACAUCGAAGACCGAAAAGAUCGAAUCGAUUCCUACAGGCGAGAAUGAGCUACAGGUGAAUGAAAACUCCGAAGACACUGCAGACUCUGCUCAACGUGAUCCAGGGGUAUCUGAUGAGGUAUGGAAAGAACUGCAGCGAAAUAUUACAGUAGGAAAGGCCCUGAAACAAGCCGAAGAUCAGUUCAUCUCGGCCCAAAUACAUGAUUAUGAGGUGCAGAAAGAGUCCGAGAUGGUUCAGCUAAAAGAAAUUCAUCUACUGGAAGAGAAAAAACGGUUAGCAGAUGAAAGUCGCCGCAAAAUUAUUGAAGAGCAGCUCAGAGAGGAAAAAAGACGCAUGGAGGCCAUCUUAAAAGCAAAGAGUGAGGCCGAAGAGAAAUUGAGAAAAGCACGAGAAGUGGCAGAGAAGAAGAAACAACAGGAAUUGGCGGUCCAAAAGAAGAUCAGGGAUAUGGGAAUUUGUCCAGCUGGCUUUCGAUGGUUCAAAGAGGGCGGAGGAUAUCGGUGUGGAGGUGGUUCACAUUAUCUGAGCAAUACACAGCUUGGAAUAUGA